AUGAGUAAGCUAAAUCCAGUUGCGCGGGAGUUCUACCCUCAGGCUGCUACCGUAUCUAUUAACAGACUGCCACAAUCUCAUUCAACACAUACCACCAUUGGAUUCCUUAACAUCUGCAGCCUGCGCUACAAGAUAGACACGCUGUCCGCUCUGAUUAGGGAAAGGACAUGGGAUGUUGUUGGGAUUGCGGAGACAUGGCUGGACGCGUCUAUAGCUGAUGGAGAAGUGAACAUUGAAGGAUACAGUUUGGUGAGAAAUGACCGAAAGGGGAGAAAAGGAGGUGGCGUCUUUAUUUUUUACCGGUCCUACUUGCCCAUCAAACCACGGCCGGAUCUCAACCAAGGGGACACGGAGGUAGUGUGGGUUGAGCUAAAUGGAAAGGCAGGCAAUCACUUAAUUGGCUGCAUAUACCGACCACCAGAUGCGCCAGUCUCCUACUGGUCCACCCUUGAGGCAUCGCUGCAUCAAGCUGCUAUGGUUACCUCAGCCGUCACAUUGAUGGGUGACUUCAAUGUCAAUAUCUCGCAUUCCCUGCCACAGCAUGCCCAGCCCCUUCUGGAUCUCUGUGGUGCAUAUGGCCUCACUAAUAUCGUCCACUCCGUUACGCGAGUCUCACCUCGGUGUCCAGCUGGCACUACUAUUGACCUGAUACUGACUACAGAGGAUAAGGAUUUGCAUGAUUGCCGAGUCCUGCCGCUUACACUCAGUGACCACUUUGGAGUUGAAGCAACCUUCAAUGCAAGACAUGCCCGGCCAGACAUCCCCAAGCAGCGUGUGCGUCGCCGUUUACAUAACAUUGACUUGGUUGCCUUCCGACUUGACCUAGCUGCUGCUGAACUUCAUGUGUACCCACCAGACUCUGAUGUGCAAGCCAUGUGGGACCACUGGCAUCAACGAUUCCUUUCUGUCCUCGACAGGCAUGCGCCAUUGCAGCAAUGCAAGAUUAAGACAGGCAAGCUCCAUCCUCCAUGGUCUGACAGAGAGCUAUACAAGAGAAACCAGCUGAAGCGUCGCCUGCAUCGAAAGUGGCUUGCUGACAAAGCCAACUCUGAAGCUCACGCAGCAUAUAGACGUGCCCGCUCGGUUGCUGCGAAUACAAACAGGUGCAAACGCAACCAGUACUUCCAAAGUCAGUGCCAAGAUAAUUGCCAGAACCCACGCAAGUUAUGGUCAGUCCUAAAUACUGUGACUGGACGCAAGAGACAAUCAAUCCAGCCGACAUGCGACAUCGAACAUGUUGCGUCCACGUUUGGCAAGGUAGUCUCUGAUGAUGCUCGACCUUCAGUUCUCUCUAUGCCUCAGGGACCACAGCCUCGGUCUGCCCUGACCUCAUUCCAACAUGUGCGUGCCUGCGAUGCUGAACAGCUUUUGAAGCGCAUCGACCCGCGCAAAGCAACUGGGAGCGACGCCAUCCCAGGCUUACUUCUAAAGUACUAUGCCGACCUGCUAGCACCAUCAGUUGCAGCACUUUUCAAUGCGUCCCUGACCUCCGGCACUGUACCCGCUGGCUUUAAGCGUGCGUAUGUGACCCCAUUGCACAAGGCUGGCGAUCCAUCUGUCGCCAACAAUUUCCGUCCUGUGUCCCUGCUCCCAAUUCUCUCGAAGCUCUAG